CAGGGGCAGGGAGCAUACAAAGAGCACGAGCACAGCAUUGCGAGAGGAGCGUCGGGAGGAGAAACACGGGAGGAAAGGUCCUCCACCGCCACAGCAGAGUGGAAUGUGAGGCUCCUGUCAGUGACUGUCAGGUAUUUCGCUCCGGCUCCUGACAACUGAUCGCUCUUCUCUGCAAGACCCCACGGGGGCUCCCUUUUUCAUUUCUCCCCAUCUCCGUUGGAUGAGACGGUAACCGGAGAGAUCCACGCGCGAGUGUGACGGCGAGGGACACAGAGGAGAGAUCCUGACUGUGGAGAGCGGAGGGGGCUGGACGUAGGGCCGUGGGGUGGGAAGGGCAGAGCAACAUGCACCUGUGCAAGCUUUUUUGCCCUUGCUCCGCUUACUAGACCGCAUCACAGACCCUGAGCGGCCAGACGCCACUGCAGCCGCCACUCGCCAGGUCCCAGAAAAACACUGGAUGGUUUUGGCAUAAUGACAGCUGAAGACUCCGCUUGUGCCACUACAAUGAGUAAUCCAAGCCCCUCCAGCUCCAAGGCCCCCUCCCAGCCUCACUCUGUGUCCAGCACGGUGCCUGACAGUGUGGCUGGAGCCCCCAAUGAGAGUGCUCUGGUGGCUCUAAUGAAACGCACGGGCUACAGCAUGAUUCAGGAGAACGGCCAGCGUAAAUAUGGUCCUCCACCAGGAUGGGAGGGACCUGCCCCACCAAGGGGCUGUGAGAUCUUUGUUGGUAAGAUUCCACGCGAUGUGUAUGAAGAUGAGCUAGUGCCAGUGUUCGAGUCAGUGGGCCGUAUCUACGAGAUGCGUCUGAUGAUGGAUUUUGAUGGGAAGAACCGCGGCUAUGCCUUUGUAACAUACACCCAGAAGCGUGAUGCCAAGCGGGCGGUACGUGAGCUCAACAACUAUGAGGUUCGGCCAGGCCGCCUGCUGGGUGUGUGCAGCAGUGUGGACAACUGUAGACUCUUCAUCGGAGGCAUCCCCAAGACCAAGAAGCGUGAGGAGAUCCUGGAGGAGGUCUCUAAGGUGACAGAAGGCGUGCUGGAUGUCAUUGUGUAUGCCAGCGCUGCUGACAAGAUGAAAAACCGUGGCUUUGCCUUUGUGGAGUACGAGAGCCACCGGGCAGCCGCCAUGGCCCGACGCAAACUGAUGCCUGGACGGAUCCAGCUGUGGGGCCACCAGAUCGCUGUGGACUGGGCUGAACCAGAGAUUGAUGUGGAUGAGGACGUCAUGGAGACAGUGAAGAUCUUAUAUGUACGCAACCUAAUGAUCGAGACAACUGAGGAGACGCUGAGGCAGAUCUUUGGCCAGUUCAACCCAGGAUGCGUGGAGCGAGUCAAGAAGAUCCGAGAUUAUGCCUUUGUGCACUUUGCCAGCCGUGAGGAUGCAGUCCUUGCCAUGGACAAACUCAACGGUAAAGAGAUCGAGGGCUCCUGCAUAGAGGUUACCUUAGCUAAGCCAGUGGACAAGGAGCAAUACACCCGCUACCAGAAGGCAACCAAAGGCAAUGCAGUCCUUCCCAGCCCAGAGAACUCUCAGCCAAGCUAUGUUUACCAGUGUGACCCUUACACACUUGCAUACUAUGGAUAUCCUUACAACACACUGAUUGGACCCAACCGAGACUACUUCGUGAAAGGUACUGUAAGAGGCCGGGGCCGUGCAGCUGCUGGUAACAGGGCCCCUGGGCCACGGGGUUCCUACCUGGGGGGUUACUCGGCUGGCCGUGGGAUCUACAGCAGGUACCACGAGGGGAAAGCCAAGCAGCAGGACAAGCCCUACGAGCUGGUGCCCAGCCUGGAGCUGGCGACAGUCAACCCCAUGGGCAUCAAGCCUGGUACAAGUCAGUGUGAGACCCUGAUGCCCCCCAAUUCUGCUCAGACCCCGCUAGUGGCCGUGCCAACCCUGGGCGCCCAGUACCCUGUCUUCUCCGCUGGUCCUGCCACAAAGCUGAUGGAGGAGGGCAAGGUGCAUGCAGUGGAGCAUCUGCUCAACCCUCUGGCCUUGCAGCAUGACCACACAGGGGCGCCACAACCCGUCAUGCCAGCUGUCUCCACACCACCUCCAUUCCAGGGUCGCCCCCUUACCCCAGUGUAUGCUAUGGCCCAUAAUGUCCAGAGAAUCCCUGCAGUCGCUGGCCUGUAUGGAACCAGCUAUUUACCCAUUGCUUCACCAGCCAACACCGCCACCCUGGCUGCUUUGCAGAAGAACGCAGCAGUGGCGGCUGCCGCUUAUGGAGGCUACACGGGGUAUGUUCCCCAGGCCUUCCCGGCCACAUCAUUCCAGGUGCCCCUCCACGACCUCUACCAGAACUACUGAAGGAGUCGCCGCAACCCACUGUGAACCACGCGACCCGCCGCUCAGGCAGCCAGAACACUGAAGGAGCCCUUUAGUAUUUAUGAACUAAAUGUUUCAUUGUUUUUGUCCUGCUUUUCCUUUUGUUUCUUUCUUUGUUAGGUGACAAACUAUUAAAGCAUUAACAAACGUGAGGAAAAAACUAAAUAUAUAACAAAACUUUGGACGAGAAACAAAAAAGAAGAAAAGGAUGGGGUUUUAUUCUUUUUAAUGUAUGCCUUACUUUUUACAAGUAUAGAGCAUCCUUCGCGGACACUGUGUAUUCUAGUCAUGAUUUCUUCCGUCCAUAAACUGUAUUUCUACAGUUACAGCAGAGUGAGGACAUUCCUUAAUAUGCAUUAUUGUAUCAUCUGUUUUAAUUUGUUGUUUUACUGCUGUUAUAUGAUAAAUGUUUUUUCUGUGGUAUGAAGGUUUAAUGCUAUGAUGUGUGUUGCGGUUUAAGGUUGCCUGCUUGACAUCUUUCAUCCAGAAACAGUGGUUCUGACUGACAUAUAUAUAUAAUACAUCUCAAAAGAAGUGUCAGCACACAGAAAAAAACUGUAAAAAAAAAUUCCAUAAUGUCUAUCGAAAUAAAGUUAAGGUUAAUUUUACAAAUGGGAUGCAGUAUAAGCUCUCUGCAGUCCUUCAUAAGCAAUAAGUAAUUCUAGGAUUUGUGCCAUUAAGAAAUACUACACGCCUCAGAAAUACUGUAAAUUUGAAAGAAAAAAAAUCAGACAUGUGCGAAAAGUUCUUCUUUUCGAGAGAGAACCAUAACCUGUGAAGACUGCCCAAGUUACGAUGUGACUCUCACAAACACACAGAAAAGUGUAUUUCCUGUGAAUGCUCUGGCCUUGCUUUAUCAUUGAAUGACUGAUUAUGUUUUUCUUCUGCAAUUCACAUUUACAGCGCGUUCCUUCUGUGGUCCUCUGACACGUAUCUUACAUGGUGUACAGUCCAAACGGUUUGCUCUUUUCCAUGUGGUGUUUUACAGAAUUUUUACAACAUUAGUUAACAGUAUGUAAUGUAUUAAGAAUUCAUUGUAUGUUAUUUUGGUAAAGCUGGUUCUUGUGUGUGUACACAAUGGAUCUGUUUCGCGAACAUCCAUGUCAGUUACUUAGUGUUCACUGGAUACACCAACUACUUUGUUAUCAGUGAAGAAAAUCAGGUUUUUUUUAAUCAAAUACUAACAUUUUUACAGGACUUGUUAGAUAACGGUGUUUUUUUAGCUUUCUGUGUUUUGCACAAGCUGUCCCAGGUACGAGCAGACUGAGGGGUUCUGUGUUUUGUUUUCCGAGGGAAUUUUUGUGAGCUCAUUCUAACAAAUCUUUCCAAAGGGUUUCAGAGACUAGCAGUGCAUCACAGGAGGAGCCAAUGGUCACUCUCCCACCAGCUCUAACACUCUACCCCCAGGUGCAAACACUGGUCGCUAUGGCAACAUUCACAUCACCUUAGCCUUCUGCUUACCUGUGGGUUACGCACUGGGACAGCAUUACCAAUAGCAGCCUGAGCUACACUGUAAUGUGUUUGACCAAGAGGUACUUAAGCCUGUCGUCCUUGAGGGGUUUGGUGUUUUUCUUUUGAUUAUAGUCUGUUUCUGGAUAACAUCCUCUUAAGAUGUUAACCACUUCUCUAUGAAGCAGACACAAUGUCCUAAAACUAUAUUUUGCUAGCACUUUCCUUUGUAUUGUUAACCAGGCUUUUGGAAGAUAACCAUCCUGUGGGGUGUUCCUCAUGCAGUGGGAUGUGGGGCAGAUAACUUUGCCUUCCCACAGUGCUAGACGCUGUAGAUCAGGACCUGCUCGCCAUCCAGGAUCCUGCAGAGGAACUCCCUGGAGGUACAAUGAUCCAGUCUUUAAGACCUGCUAAUGCAAGACGGCGUACGUUUGAGAAAUGGUAAAGAUUCAUGAAGGUGUUUUCUCACCAAGAUCAUGUCUGAUGAAGGCAUGAAGCCAGAAAGUACGGUACAUGUUAAUUCUCCUUAAAGAACUGCUUGGGUUGUGAAACAUUUGCAUUUUGAAGUUUAGCUGCUUUUAGUGCCUCUUCCUAAUGCCUUCAUCAACAGAUGGGUUAUGCCCAGUGCUGUAUGUUUUCCUCUUUUGUAUUUGUUGUUUGUUUUCAGCUGAAAGGUGGUGGUGUUUUCUAGGCUCUACACAGUAAUUAGAAUUUUCAUGAUUUGACCAUAUUCUCUCUAUUGCCUUACAGCACAACACAUAAUUUUUGUCAAACACAGCCCUGUCAGGGUAUUGCAUGGUGACAAUCAAGAGGCAAUAGAGUGGAAAAUGAUGCCUUAUUACAUGAGCCGAGGCACAAAAACAGCCCGCUGGGGUCUUUUGGUAGCAUAUCUGAAUUCAUACUGUAGUCAAAGUACACACUGAUAGUGUAGGACUCUAUAGGAUUUUGACACAGUGUUUGUAUAAAGCCUGUUUAAAGGCUUACAUUGGUAUUUGUGAAAUAGUGGUAACCUCUUGAUAUAUUCCUUUGUAACAUCUUUAUGAAUAAAAGUCUGAGAGUAUAUUUUUAAUAUAUACCAACUGAAUUGUAUAUGAAGCUACAAAGAAAGAAGAAUUAGAAUAAUAUAUUUUGAAAGGAAGCACAUGCUUUUCUAUUUCUUUCUUUUUUAAUAAACAGAAUACAACCUCAGCUGUGUUGCUGAUGGGUUGUGAGCAUUCAGAAAUGAAACCGGGCUGGAGUCAUGCAAGAAGCAUUGUCCAUUGGAGGUAUCACAGUCCAGUGUAGAUGAAAAGUCCAGUAAAACUUAACCCUGGUCCAGGGAGCUCCUGUGCAUUCCAUGUGGGUCAUUUUUCCAUCAAAAUCAUUUCACUGACACUACAGGAGUGCUCUUUCAACCUGAGAUGGACUUCCCCAGCGCUGCAAACGAACAAUGUGUGCAUAGUUUGAGAAAUGUAUUAAAAGUCUGAGCAUUUUAGUGCCUUAUUCACAGAAUGUUCUACACCUUCGUAGGCCUUUUACUGUUUUCUAAUAUUGCAUUGUUUUGAAAAGCUUUUUUCGGAGCUGUAUUUAUAGUCGUAGUUAAAUAAAGCAUUUACAGAAACUGUG